UUUCAUUUUCACGGUUUAAAAAAUGAUUAAGGGAUUUUCUAUUAAGCUUUUAGAAACGCAAUUUAAAAUAAUAUAAUGAAUCUGCUGAUGGGACAAGUUGUACUAUAAUGUACACUUGAUAGAAUAUUUUCUUGUUUCCAUUGUCGUCUGCUUUUCUUCAAGGUCACAUACAUGGACAGGCAUUUUCACUCGAACGCAGACUAAUUAAUUAGUAGAGCAAUAACAAAUGAAGUUUCAUUUAAUUAUAAUUGCUACAUUCAAUCAAAUGACAUUCAAAAGGUUAAAAAAAACAUAGCCCUGGUUAUAAUCAUAACAUUUUUCUAACAAACGACAAAGUCGUUCUUCUGUCAUUAUUUGCUCAAAAUGAUUAUACAAAAAGAAGUGUUAUUGUCUUCUCUUACAAACAAUCUAAAUUUUGAUAUAAAAGUUCAUGCUUUACCUUUAGUUGACUUUUAGUUAACUUCGGCAGUUUGAUGAGUUAAUAGUCUAUAAUAAAUGUUGAACCAUUUCAAGAAAAAAAAUGUUAACAGUGACUAUACUCGUGUUUUUGAUAACGUGGGCAAUUUUGAAGUAUAUUUUGCAUAUAAGACAUACAGAAAGCUAUGUGAAACACAUAAAAGGCCAGAAAUCAUUCAUUCCAUUCAUCGGCAAUGCAUUUGCAUGCAUAGGCAAAUCGCCAACGCAAAUAUUUCGUGGUAUAAUUCAAUCAAUUGAGAAAAACGAUACUCCAUUCAAAGAAUACAUUGGACCAGGUCUUACCAUCACUUUGGAUAAACCCGACGAUAUAAAAGCUGUUCUCAUGUCUCCACACUGUCUUGAUAAACCAUAUUAUUAUGGAUUUUAUCCAUGUCCACGAGGAAUUUUCACCGAACAAUCGGGUGCUUUGUGGAAACCAUCUCGAAAACUCCUAAAUCCGAUGUUCAAUUUGAAAACGUUGCAAUCGUUUAUACCGAUUUUCAACCAAAAAACACGCCGUCUCGUCAAAGAAUUGGAGGAAAUGGUUGGAAAACCCGCUUUUGAUAUAGGACCUUCAAUGAAUACUUGUACUUUGGAUGCUAUUUGUUCCACUGUGAUGGGACUCGAUAUUGAUUUGAAAUCCAACAAAGGAAAAGAGUUUAUCCAGAGCUUGUCAGAAAUUCUUCGAAUUGUAAUGAAGCGACUAACUAUGCCGUGGAUUCAUUUGGAUUUUUUCUACCGAUGGACGAGUUUGUACAAAGAACAACAGAAACAUCUGGCAAAUAUAAGAUACUUAACAAAUCUAGUUUUCGACGAAAAAAUAACAGCGUAUAUGUCCAGAAGUGACAACACUACACAAGAAGAAUAUAUUGAAAAAAUUUCGAAAAGAGCCGAGCUUCCGUUCAUUCCGCUGUUUAUUGAAGGAAAACUAAGCGAAGAAGUGGUGAAACAACAAAUCGAAAUAAUGUUGAAUGUUGGACAUGAGACGACCGGUUCAACAACUGCCUACGUUAUUUUGAUGCUGGCCAUGCAUCUAAAUAUACAGGACCAGGUUCUCGACGAGCUUCGUUCAAUAUUCGAUACACAAGAUGAAGAAACAACGUAUGAACACAUUCAGAAAAUGCAUCUAUUAGACCGUGUGAUUAAGGAAACAAUGCGCCUUUUUCCAGUUGGCCCAUUUCUUGAACGCAUUUCCACUGCAGACGUACCAAUCAGCAACUGUGUUCUUCCGAAAAGUACAGUCAUAUUGAUAUGUUUCUAUACGCUACAUCGGAGACAAGACAUUUGGGGUGUAGAUGCGAAUAAAUUUAACCCAGAUAAUUUUUUACCAGAAAAGGUUCAAUCGCGUCAUGCAUUCUCAUUCCUUCCAUUCAGUGGAGGCCCACGUAAUUGCAUUGGUUAUCAAUAUGCAAUGUUUUCCAUGAAAGUGAUGCUAGCAACCCUUCUGCGCAACUACCAAUUCAGCACGGACCUGAAAUGGACUGAUCUCGAACUUAAGUUAGAAAUCACCCUAAAGUUGGAAAAUAAAUGCAUGGUUGAAGUAGCACCACGACAUGUCACAAUAUGU